AUGGAUGAGGACAUGUGUGUUGCCGCUGCGGCCUUCCGUGGCACAGAAGAGUACGCAGCCGUUUUUGACCUUGAAGUAUGGAAGGCUCAACAGCAAGCGCGCUUACGUAGCGAAAUUAAUGAGGAAAAGGCGCGACUCCAAAAGGCAGUCGCGGAAGAAGUGCGAAAAAAAGAAGCACAACGCAUAAGCGAGUUGGAUGCCCUACAACAGGAGCUUCAGCAGUUGGCUCGUCGCCUACAGGUGCGUGAGGAAGCGCUUCAUAGGCGAAUUUCGCAGUUUGAAGUUCGCGAGGCUGCAUUUGAGGACCGCCGUGUGAAAGUUGCAGAACAGCACGAGCAGCACCUUCUUUCGUUAGAAACUCGAACUAGGCGGCAACGCGAGGAAGCGGCUACGCAGGUCGAUGUGCUCAAGGCUCAGCUAGCGGAGCGCGACCGAUCAGUUGCUCUACUGGAAGAACGACUUUCUGCAGCAGAAAGUGAGUACGACAAGCUGCAGCGAUAUGUGUCCAGGGUAUCGACUAGUGAUGAGGACACAACACGCACCGACGCUCUUGAGGAGCAGCUGUGCGCUGCCAACUCAGCGAUGGCCAAACUUCAACUGCGGUUGAAGGAGCGUGAUUCAGAGCUAGCGUUGGCAUCCAGAGAACGUGAUCAACUGAAGCGUACGUGUGAAGUGUACAAGGACCAACUGUAUCAGCUUACCAAGCGUUACAACCACUUACAAGAACAGUGCUGUCGUCGGGAACGGAUGAGAUUGGAUGAAGAACGAAGGCGUAUUGAUGAUUCGAAGCGACGGUAUGGGAUUGUAGAGCCGCGGAUGGGUAUGGAGACACGAAGUCCGCGCUGCUACGAUUUGCUUGGUACUUUAGUUGCCGGUGGAACAUCAACGAGGCGGCCAGGUGAUGCACUUGCGCAUGAUGAUUGUACGUUAUUACUGCAUGAAUUAAAGAGCGACGUGGAGAAAGGAAUGCAGAAAUUUGGGCGUAGGGGAAAAGGUGUCACGCAAACAAAGAGGCGGCAGGACUUGGUGUUCGCGGAGGUCGUGGUCCGUCAAGAUGAGGAAGAGCCUUUACAUGUUGAAGGCGGUAGUGAUAGAGUUUGCCCAGUCGCGCAUGGGGGACCCGCGGUUCCUGAUACGGAGCUAGACACAGGAUACGCUGAUGACUUCGCUAAUACAACGAUUUCCUCUUUGUCGCACCGUGAAGGUGAGAACCACGGAGUGGCCGUGUCAACCUUUCCGGGGAUGCCUAUUGAGGAGGGCUUGGGACAGACGGAUGUGGGCGACAUUUCAUCAACUUAUUGCUACGCUGACAUCGAGUCGUGGGGGUCUGGUGACGAAGAAACGCGCUGCAGACCAAUUGAAAGGAAACUGAGAGGCGAUGCCGCGGCUGACUUACCGCCGCUUGCGCCCGCACCUGCAAUCAGUGACAGUUUCACCGACAGGUCUGCCGCACAACAUGUGUCCCCGCCGAGGGAACCCAUGGAAGGUCCGGGAGCGACCUCAAUGGUGUCCACACGGGACUCGACGAGGGGAGAAAUGAUAGCAUUCGUUGAAAAGCUACAAGAAAACAGGCGAAAACUACUCGACUCGGGUGUGUACAGGGAAGACGAUAGUAUUGUGAAGGAAAUGAGUGAUAAGAUUGCUCUUUAUGAAAAUUUCCUGUCACAGAAUUUUUAA